AUGGGGUUGACGCAGAAACUCACCAAACCGUUCAUCGACCUGUCUGUCAUGACAUGGGACUUUGGCAUCUUCCUGGCUAAUCUCAUCCUUCCAGCCCAUCCGCCCAACGGCGUCAUUGCUGCAGGUAUACCCGGUCACGCAGGGUCAUGGCCGGAAUAUACAGCACCACGCGAGGGUGACUCUCGAUCCGCGUGCCCCAUGCUCAACGCAAUGGCCAACCAUGGCAUUCUCCCCCACGACGGCAAGAACAUCACCUUCCGCGACCUGAACACCACUGUACGACAGACCUUCAACUUUGCGCCAUCGUUCUGCUUCUUCGUGCCCAAGUUCUCUGCUGAUUUCCUCGGCCGCUCGUACUGGACCGGCAAGUUCGAUCUCGAAGAGCUGAGCAAACACAACGCUAUUGAGCACGACGCGAGUCUCACAAGAAGAGACGCAGCGCAAGUGCCUGAUCAGGGGAAGCCGGAUCUACCGCUUGUCGAGGAAUUACUGGCUGUUGCAACCGGGAAGGGGGAGAAGGGGGAGCCAAUCCUGACGAAAGACGACCUGAGCAAGCAGUUGGCGAAGAGAAGGAGCGAGGCGAGGGCAGAGAAUCCAAACUACUCGGAAAGUCGCUUCCACAACAUGUUUGGGAGCGCGAAUUCUUCGACGAUGCUCACCAUCUUUGGUGGCCGUGUGGAUGAUCUCAGACCUAUGCUGGUGGAGGAGCGAUUCUCGGAGAAUUGGGAACCGCGGAUUCGCUCGCGAUAUGGCCUCACAAUGGCGGCAUUCAAUGGGACGGUAUUGCCGGUUGAGCGAGGAGUCAAGCAGAAGCUGAAGGAGCUGUAGGCAGGAUCUCCAACUUGUUUGGAAUGCCACGGGCAGGCGUGUCAGCCCCCUAUAUUCACUCCAGUACUACGAUAGAGACGAGAAGUAGUCUUUUGCUUAGUACGUCAGGGGUCUGGAUAGACGAUGAAGGAGAAUUGCAGAGAUUGCUGCUGUUGCUUGUUAAAGUCUUACCAAGCCUGUCAGAAAUGGUCUAUUGUGAACCGUGAACUAUCUUCAAGGAUUUUGAUUAGUUAUGGUCGUGGCAAGGAGGUGGCUAUUCAUCGAGCGCACAGACUGACGGCCACAUCGUCAUGGCGUCGUUCCUCUCAGUCCAUCUCUUCCACCCCCC